AUGCAGCUCUGGCAAAGUGUUUCACAGCGGAACAGACGAGAUUUGAGCCCAGUUGGCUCGGACGGAUGGUACGUCUUCGGACAAAUGCACAGUCACAUCUGCCCAACGACAAUCCCUUCCAGACCAAAUGUCUCAUCUGCGACGUCCAGCCCGUCGGUGGCACGAAAGGAUUCCUUCAAAACACACUUUUCCGGCCAAAUGGGUAGACGGUCUGUGAAGGUAUGGACCGAGCAUGAGAUGCACCAACCCAAAAAGAGACACAGAUUUGAGUUGACCCGAAUUGGUGGAGAAAUCGGGAAAGGUCUUAUCAACCGAGCCAGCUUGAAGAAGAGAAGAGCGCCUCACAGAAGCCAUUCAAAAAACGCUGAUCAGCCGAAGAAGCCGAUGAGGGCUGAGAGAAAAAGGGAAGACUGCAAGAUCGUGCCGAGUCGUUGCAUGCUCUUCUUCUCGCAUGCGGCAGAGACACAAGAUUCCUUUUCACUUGGUUUAGUUGGUUGCCAGGUUUUCUUGACUCGUUAG